AUGGCACCAUCAGCGGAUGUCAUUACGGCUGUAGGUAUUAUCAUGAACCUCAAUACACCAGCAAUUUUAACAGAACGACAGCAGACAGAGCUAAACAAGGCAAUAUUACAAUAUAUACAUCCGUUAUGUAAUAAUGCAAAUCAACCUGAACUAUACACUCGACUACAACAAAUACUACUACCAGGGUCUAAUGAUAGUCCCCAUGUUUCAAAGGAUAUUAUAGAACAGUACCUUGAAAAGAAAUGGUCAACCGUGCUACGACUACAAAAGAAAAUAAUUGAUUUGGAGAAUGAAUUGGCAAAUGUCAGAUCUAUAAUAGAUAUUGAUAAUAUACAAGAGCAACAGAAAAAUGGCCAAGUUGCGCCUAUUAUGGGAAAAGACAGAGUUGAUUGGUUGCCGUUGCAGUCUUUGCAUAGUUUCCAAACACAGUCGAUUGUUAAUUGUGUCACUAUCCACCCGGUAUUACCACUUGUAUUUUGCGGGUGUAAUGACGGGUCCAUCUAUGUGUGGAAUUUCGCAUCUGACGAUGAAUCUAACUUGCCGGAAAAAGUGAUUAAAGCACAUUUGAAAAAUGUACAUCAAUUGAUAAUAUCGUGGGAUCUGAUAGACUACUACGGAGAUGGUAUAACCGAUCCCAUUUACAUUUUGGCGUCGUGUUCUUCCGAUUUGACCAUUCGAUUGUACAAUGCUUCUACAUAUCAACACUUGCGUACACUACGAGGGCACGAGCAUACUAUAUCCUCAAUCAAAUUUUCAAUUGAUUCCCCAGAAAUAUUGUAUUCAGUAUCACGAGAUACAACUGUCAGAUCAUGGAAUGUAAUUGAAGGUAACUGCACCAGGUCAUUUGUUGCUCAUUCAGAUUGGGUGAGGGACUUGGAUAUUUCUUCCAAAUCACAAACACCGCAAUUAACUUACAACACCAAGAAAAAUGUCGUAAAUGCAAAUGCAGGUGCAAGUACAAGUAUGGAUGCAAGUACAAAUGCGUACUCCAUAACUACAACCCCAUCUUAUGGUGACUUUAUUCUUACAUGCUCAUCAGACCAAUCAGCAAGACUCACACACGCCCAAACAAGCACAGGAAUAGCUCUUUUGCUUGGCCACACUCAUGUCAUCCAAUGCAUAAAGUUUCUUCCUUGGCUUUCGAAUUCAUACUUGGACACAUUCAUUCUUUCCAAUCCAGACCUUUUCCCCACAAUCCCGCAAGUACUACUCACGGACCCGAUAUACAACCAACUAGGUUAUAAGUACUGCAUCACAUCAAGUCGUGAUUCAACAUUGAAAAUAUGGCUUCUACCUCCACCAAAUAUAAUUGCAUCUUCACAAACACUACUUCCAUCACAGCAUAAUUCAUCUCAUGCAUGGGAGAUUACGACUUUGAGAGGUCAUAUUUCCUGGGUAAAAUCAAUACAAAUACACCCGAAUGGUAAAUAUAUCUUCAGUGGAAGUGAUGACAAGACGAUCAAAAUAUGGGAUUUGGGAGCCUUGAAUGUAACCGGUUCUGUGGGCGUGGUGAGAAGCUUGAUGGGACACGAAGGAUUUGUCACCGAUAUUGAUAUGGCAAGAAUGAGUAGAAGGAAGAAGGGCGGUCAUUUGAUAAAAGAAACUGUAGAACAAGAGGAAGGAAACAAAAAAGGUGGGAAAGACGGAGAAAAUGAAAAAAAUGGAAAGAUUGAAAAAAAUGGAAGGAUUUCUGAACCAAAUGGAAAUGGCGGGUUCCACGGAAUUGACGAAGUCGAAAAAGAUUUACUAAAAGAAAUCGAAGUUCGGAUUAAAUGCGUGUUUGUUAGCUGUGCAACAGAUAACUUGGUCAAAGUGUGGAAAUAG